AAUGAGAGUCGUACUGCUUCGUUCCUUCGACACGUCACUGGCAUGCUCAGCUCUUGAAGCCCUUUGCUUUUGACGACUUUUCUACUCUUGUCAGUUGCGUUUGUAGUGUCCUGGUUGCUUGCAUAAAAACAACAAACUCACUUCAGUAGUUCUUUCUAUCGAGGUUUUUGACAGUGACCUCCGAGUGUGGAAGUGAUUUUGCGAAGUGGGUGAUUGCAUGUAAUUUAUCUCGCUGUCGUUGUUUUUUAUAUUGUGCUUUGUGAUGAUGAAAUGGUCUAGCUAGUCGGCCCCGCCCCUGUGCUCGAGAUAGGAAUCGAGACCCUCACGAUGGCGAGGCAAUGGCUGUGGAUGUGUGUGUGGGUGGUCGUGCUGGUCGUCUCCGGCAGCGCCCACUCCAGGAGGCAGAACGACCACAAGAAGGGCCCCGAGGCUGUCCUGGUAGAGACCCUUCGUCAGGUGCUCGGGGUGCCUAAAUCGGAGGGGGGCCCCGGCUACCACCACAAGACCCACCGCCCCCCCAGGUAUAUGGUGCACCUGUACCAGAGGAUCACGGACGGCCACAGCACCCUGCCACGGCGGGCCAACACCGUCAGGAGCUACACGCCCAAGUCAGCAGAUGACGGGAGCCAGGGGAGUCUGCUUGUGUACAACGUGUCUGCAUCCUCCGGCGAGCACGUGAUGGGGGCGUGGCUUAACGUGCGAGGGGGCGGAGUCAAGGCUCGAAUCCCGCCCCGACCCCGCCCGACGAGGGUGCUCCUGUACCUCCUUCACGCCCCGCACUGGCAGCCCUCCACGCCCAUCAUCACGGUCACUGCUAAUCCCGGAGAACAGGAGGUCGAAGUGACCCGGGCGGUUCGCGAGGCCCUGGGCGGCGGCAACCUGCUCACUCCCUCAGACAACGCGAUGCACCUCUUGGGCGUGCGGGUGGAGGAGCUUCGACACGGCCGCUACGUCUCACGCCCACCGCCCAAGCUGGCCAAGAACCCGCCCCUUCUGGUGGUGUACAGCAGUGACCCCAAGCUCCUCGACCUGGCCGCUGUCGGGACGCCCACGCUCAACCUGACCGUGAACGAGGUGCAGGCCGCCUACGGGAAGGCCGCCCACGGGAGGAACGCCCAUCCUCACUACACCCAUCACCGCUACGCCCGUGAGGCCCAGCAACAUGCCCAAAAACGUGUCGAACGAGUGCGCAGGGCGGCGCUGAGCGAAGGGCCGUGGGCGGAGAUGGGCGUGGCGACAGACCAGGACGACGAUGACGUCAUCCCCGACUCCCACGCCCACGCCAUCCUGACCAACGAACUCCCGCUGGCGACCUCCCGUGACCUGGAGCUCCCUGAGAAACCGAAGAAGAAGAAGAAGGCUUCCCGCGAGGGCGCCGGGCGGAAGGACGCGCGGGCGGGCGGGCGUCGGCGUCGCAAGCACAAGCGGCGCGACGACAACCUGAUUCCGCUGCCCGAGAACUACUCCAAGACGCGCUGGGGAGACGACUCGCACCGGAGGAGGAACCGAAGGAGGCGAAGGAACAGGAAGCUGCCCGACGAGUGGAUGAAGGAGGCGCAGAACCACAUUAGCAACGAUGCCAACUCCCUGAGCGCGCUGACGGGCGUGGUGGGCGGCAAGGGCGGCGCGCGGGUGUGCGAGCGACACCAGCUGGAGAUAAAUAUCAAGGAAUUGGGAUGGGACCAGUGGAUCGUUAUGCCGACCUUCUUCAACGCCUACUACUGCGCUGGCGUGUGUCCCAGCCCGCUCACGAAGAGCCUGAGCGGCAGCAACCACGCCAUCAUCCAGUCCCUGAUCUACGUCCUGGGCGGGCGUCCUGAGGUCCCUGCCCCUUGCUGCGUCCCUGAGAAGCUCGACGCCAUCUCCCUCCUGUUCCAAGAAGGCGACGACGGGUCCAAGUACCUCCUCAAGAACUACCCGAAGAUGUCCGUCUCCUCCUGCAGCUGCCAGUGAACGCGCCGAGACGGAGGCAAAGACGACGGUCUUCGGGAUUUUUUGUUUCCUUUGGGAAAUUCUGAAAGAGAAAAUGCAAAUAUGAUGAGGUCUUUUGAGGUGUAUGUUCUAUUAUUUUUUCUAUGUCUUAGCAGUCUGAUCUGAAGCUCUGGUAAGGUCGUGUUGGGUCCCCACGGAUUCAUCACCAUGAGGUUCUAGCACAUGGGGUUUCGAAAGGCUUCUGGCAGGAAGUGGUCGAGGGUUCUAAUCACCUCAGUGUUAUCCUCUGAAUCCUUAGGCUUUCCUUGGAUGCGUUGGCGGAAAAAGAACGCGAUCUCGGUGUCCUUCCGUCAAAAGGAAGGUAACGAACUUAAAGCAUUGUUGAGAGAAAAGGAAAAGAGGAAUUUAAAACCUCUUUUCAUCAACCGCUCUUUUUCUUUCGCUGUCUAUCCUUUCUAGCUGUUCUGAAUUGACAGCGUUUUGGAAGCUUUGAAAUUAUAAUGUCAUUCGGACAAUGUGUAGUGGCGACAAGCGGCGUUACAGAAUGUCUAAUAUUACUCUUGGAUUA